AUCAGAAGAGAAGAGGAGAUUCGAAGCGCUCUGAUUGGCUGUGUGCACAUCACGUCAUUUUUUCUGUUUCUAUACGUUUCCUGUCAAAUUUUCCAUUUGGGAUUCGUACACCUCUCUGUAUUCUAGAUAUUUCUAACAAAAUGACAGCGAAUAAUAAGGAAUCAGCGGAUUGCCUUUAAAAUGCAAAAAUCUCCUACCUCAUGUAUUAUCAUGGAGUCCUUAUUUAGUGGAUGUGAAAUGCCUGAAGCUUUGGCUGAGCUUUGCAGGGCUCAGCAGCUCUGAUGCCCAAUCCACACACACAUGUCUGUUUCCUCAAGGAAUAUCCCAGAAUUCCCUCGAGUAACCUCGCCGCAUGUCGCGCAUCAGGAGCACACUGGACACCGUUACCAAAGCCGUGAGCGGAACGGUGAACACCGACCUCUUCGCCAAGAUCACACGCCUCAAACUCGGUGCCGCUCAAGGCAAAACUAUAGAGGUUAAAGUGGAAUGUCCCGAGGCCGAGGCCAGAGCUGUCAUGACCGUGGCGGCACCUGAGCUGCCCAGGGAGAAAGAGGUGAAAAAAGAUAUAGAACCUCAUAAAGAAGCCCCAAAAUCUGUCAGCAAUUUGUCGAGCAGUGCAAGAAACACAAGCAGUGCAGUUGCAAAGCAAACACUGCAACGUUUUCAGCCUGCAGCAUUCACAACCAACAUGGAUGAAACGUACAAUCACCUGGCUGAACAUGUCAAUACCUACUUUGGAAGCGACACCCAAAAUGACAAAAGGUCACGAGACACGGCAUCCUCAACAUCUCAGAUCCAACCUAGCACUCUUCCAAAAAGUAGCAAGGAGGAUCAUAUCCUAAUGGCGGUGCCUGUGUCCCAUAGAUCCACACCAGAAAUGCCCCCUGCUAUUGACAAGGACGGCUCUGUCCCAAGUCCACAAGCCCCUUCUGCUCCAGCUCAGGAUGAGGGUGUUUCAACCAUCCCCAUAUCGCCAAGGAAAGGCAUCAGUCAUUACCUGUCCUACCCCAGGCCCAGCGUCCAGGCUUUUGUAGGAAACUACAUCGCUCCCCUCGUCCCAAAGUUCAGAGCGGAUUCAAAGAGUGGCACAGCAGAGAAGGACAAAACCUCUGGAUCUGAAAUAGCUGUGUCCCAGGAUGCAAAGAGUGCAGAAAGCAAGGAGAAAAAAGAGGCAGACGAGAAAGCACAGAGACUGCUGUCUCAGAGGGAGAAGAUUAUAGCACGUGUUAGUGUGGAUAACCGAACCAGAGCACUGGUCAAGAGUCUUCAACGAGUCACUGAUGUGAAGAUCACCAUCAGCAGGGUGGAGGAGCUGAGCUUCCACCUGCUGGAGUUUCCUGAAACCAGAGGGGUGGCAGUCACUGAGAAGGUCAUCCCGUGUCUGUUGCGUUUGAGGCAAGCAAGAGACGUCAGCCUGCAGGAUGCAGUGAGACAGGCUCUGGCCCUGGUGGGCUACACUGACCCGGUCAAAGGCAGAGGGAUACGUGUCCUCUCCAUCGACGGAGGAGGGACCAGGGGUUUGGUUGCAUUACAGGCUUUGCACAGGCUGGAGAGUUUGACAGGGAAGCCCAUCUACCAGCUGUUUGACUACAUUUGUGGAGUUAGUACAGGGGCCAUCCUGGCCUUUAUGCUGGGUGUGUUCCAGAUCCCUCUGGAUGAGUGUGAGGAACUCUAUCGGAAGCUGGGAUCUGAUGUCUUUAAACAGAACAUGAUUGUGGGCACAGUGAAAAUGGGCUGGAGUCACGCGUACUAUGACAGCCAGAUCUGGGAAGAGAUCCUCAAAGAAAGAAUGGGGCCUGGACUAAUGAUUGAGACUUCCAAGAACCUUAAAUGCCCUAAGGUGUCAGCAGUGAGCACCAUAGUGAACAGAGGCCUGCCGCUGAAGGCGUAUGUUUUCAGGAAUUAUAACUUCCUGCCAGGGGUUCGUUCACACUACUUGGGCGGCUGCCAGCAUAAAAUGUGGCAGGCCAUUCGAGCAUCCUCCGCUGCUCCAGGAUACUUCCAAGAAUUUGUACUAGGAAAUGACCUCCACCAGGACGGUGGUCUCUUGAUCAACAACCCUACUGCUCUGGCCAUCCAUGAGAGCAAGUGUUUGUGGCCCAACACGCCUGUGCAGUGUGUGGUAUCUCUGGGCACAGGCCGAUACGAAACUUUAAGCAAGACCAGCUCGAGCACUUAUACCAGCUUGAAGACCAAACUCACCAAUGUCAUCAGCAGCGCCACUGACACUGAAGAGGUCCACACAAUGCUGGACGCCCUCCUCCCCCCGAACACUUAUUUUCGUUUUAACCCUUACAUGAGUGAAGACAUCUCAUUGGACGAAAACAGAGAGGAGAGGCUGGACUUCCUGCAGGCUGAGGGUCGGCGCUACCUGGAGCGUAACGAGAAUAAGUUAAAGAAAGUGGCUAGUGUUCUCACUCAAGAAAAGGGCAUCGUUCAGAAACUAGCCGAAUGGGCCCAACUUAAAGCUGACAUGUACGACGGCCUUCCUUUUCGCUCCAAACUCUGAAACUCACACUCUAAACCAAACUAGCACAACCUCUGACCUUCUCCGUUGUCUGUUUAUCAUAUAACAAGGUAAACUGUGCACUACAGUGGAAUUAUGUGUUACAUAUGUUGCCAUAUGACAGUUUAAAACAGGGAAUCAAGUCUGUUGCCUCAUUUUGACGAGCACAUGAGAUUGAGAAAGUUUUAGUCUGAUUUUAAGGCUGUUGUUGUAAGAACAUCUUGUUUGAAACGAAGAGCCUUGAAAGCAUGAAAUGUUAGUGGCAGCACAGACUAUAGCUAGCACUUAUAUUUGCUGCUUUUCAUUUGUUGGGAUGUACUAAUGUUAUUUUGAUUGAUUAAUUUGCAUUAGGAUAAAGUUGCUGUUGUGUAGUAUCUCUCCUCGAGAAAACCUUUAGUAAUAGCAAAGAAGACUAUAGAAUACCCGAGAAUCCGAGACGUGUCACUAGUAUAGUUUUGAAUGGGGAAAAAAUGCAACGAAGCCCCGCCUUCUGAAUGAAAGAGCCAAUCGCUAAUCAGUAAAGUCAGCGUGUCACUGCAGCUGCCUUUAGAACUCCCGGUUGCUGUAGAAACAGUCGGCUUUCUGAGACGUGCGCAUGCGCACUGGCUGAUCUAGCCUGAGAAAUAAGCUUUUUAUAACGCUAUUUGAGCAAAAGAAACAACAUUAAUGAUACAGUUGUUGUCAGAUUUCUUUGGUGAUUUCAAAUAUGAAAUUUAAUCGUAAGCUCAGUGAACAGUUUUGGAGAAUUUGAUGUUUCCCCAUUCAAAGAGAUCGGAGCUGCACUUGGAUGCCCGAGAGGCGUUUCAAAGAUGGCCGCCGAGUGACAUGACUUGUCUUAAAGAGACUAAUAAUAGUCAACUGAGCUGACGGUACUGUAGUUAGCAUGAGGAGAGCUGCUAAACGCACGGACUUAUUGUGUAAAUAAUUUUCAACGAAACGUUUUAAUUUUUUAUUUAAAUUCAAAUGAUCAACCUUGUAAUUAUAUGUCAGUCCGCAAAGGGAUCCAACAGCACUGAUGUUUUAAAGAUUUUGCACACAAUGUUUUGAAAGCACUCAAUUGCAGUUGUAUUAUUUCUGAAGAUGAUUUACAUUGAUUAUUGUGAAAAUACUAAUGAAAUGAUCAUUGAUUUUGUGUAUUAUAUUUGAAUGCCUCAGUAUACAUUUUUAUUUGCUUCUGUGUGCACUUAGCUGGAAAAUAUUUUACAUAAUUUAUUGGUUCUGUUCAGACUGAGUGUAUAAUAUUGUAAAAUAUUAAUCCUUAAAUGCAAUGAGUAAAAUCAUAACAGUGUUGAAGAUUCAUUUUUAACAGCUUGAUUCAUAAAUGUCAUUUAGCUAACACUUUAAAAAUGUAUUCCCUGAUGAUUAUGAAGAGAAAUAAAUGAUUUUAAACCUCAA